CACGCGCCGGAAGUGGACUUGCAGAGUGAGACUCGGAAGUCGCGGUCGCCAGUGUACCUGGCUUUUUGCUACACCUUAGAAUAAGGAACUUCGCUGCUUCAGUAGGCAGCCUUUGCCAUGACGGCCCAGGGGAGCCUGGUGGCCAACCGAGGCCGGCGCUUCAAAUGGGCCAUUGAGCUUAGCGGACCUGGAGGAGGCAGCAGGGGCCGAAGUGACCGGGGCGGUGGCCAGGGAGACUCGCUGUACCCAGUCGGUUACUUGGACAAGCAAGUGCCUGAUACCAGCGUGCAAGAGACAGACCGGAUCCUGGUGGAGAAGCGCUGCUGGGACAUUGCCUUGGGUCCCCUCAAACAAAUUCCGAUGAACCUUUUCAUCAUGUACAUGGCAGGCAAUACUAUCUCCAUCUUCCCCACUAUGAUGGUGUGUAUGAUGGCUUGGCGACCCAUUCAGGCACUUAUGGCCAUUUCAGCCACUUUCAAGAUGCUAGAAAGUUCAAGCCAGAAGUUUCUUCAGGGUUUGGUGUAUCUCAUUGGGAACCUUAUGGGUUUGGCAUUGGCUGUUUAUAAGUGCCAGUCCAUGGGACUAUUGCCUACACAUGCAUCAGAUUGGUUAGCCUUCAUUGAGCCUCCUGAGAGGAUGGAGUUUAGUGGUGGAGGGCUGCUUCUGUGAACCUGAGAAAGCAGCACCCAGUGCCUAUGUAUUUGGAUCUCAUUUACAACCUUCUUUACACCCAGUGGCUCCUCUUCAGCAUGUUUACCCCUAACAUUAUCACUCAUGCUGAAAAGAACCAAAAGUGCUCUUCACCAUGGUGAGGAGACACAUCCUAGAAAGACAAUGUGCAUAUCACUACAAACAAGAAGAAACUAUACUACAAUCUUUGACUGAAAAUAAUGUAGAAAACUUUAUUUAUGUUUCCAGUAUACAGCAAAACAACAAAUAAAAUCAUAACUCUAUGUAAACAAAAGAAUGGUUGCUGCUAAAUCAAGAACCACAGCAGCAUCUCCUUUUAAUAAAUUAAAUGGUCAAGAACAAUGCUUAAAAAAAGUUUUACAAGUUUCCCUUAAAUCUAUUAUCCUUAAUGUUCUAAUUAACACAAGCUGGGACAAAAAUUUUGUUGGAGACACUUGUGGAAGAUGUGAGAAACUAAUGCUGGAUUCUGAUUAUACAUGAUGAAAAGAAAAUUAAACCAGACAAAAAGUGCA